GCUCGCUCGUGCAUUCAUUGAAAGCAACCAAUUUAUUUGCUGAUAAAUUUAAACAUCUCCCAAAGCAUAACACUUAAAACACGUGCAUUAAUAAUGGUUAGUGUAACGUUUUUACAAUAUUUGAAAUAUAUUAUAUAAGAAAAGUUGACAAUAAUACCACGUGAUACAAACAGUUCAUUAGUUGCGCCAUUUUCCAUUGAUGCGCGCCAGAUUUUGAACGGUAAAUUUCGGCGAAUUUUUAUGGCUAUAUGACAACAUGCCACUCUUAGCGAAGCGAAUAUUUAAUUGUUCGAAGCCUUUGGAUGACAUUAAACCAGAUGAAAAGGUAUAUACCAUUCCAUAUACCAAAGAAAACUUCCGUUCUCAACAUGAAUAUGAAAAGCGCAUGCAAUUGUACAAGAAGAGAAUCUGGACUUGCCAAAGCACAGGUCACGUUAACCUGACACACGAAGAGGCCUGGAAAUCAGAAAAGGCAGUCAUGAAAACAUUAAAGGAACAAUUCCCUCCAUGUUAUGACAAACCAGUGUUAGAACUUGUUCACCACUCAACCAAGGCUUUAGAAACUAUUGUAGAUGAAGCAUGGUUGAUGUUACAGCAAGUUUUUGUGGUUGAUGAAAAGGUUUUGCUGAAAGUAAAAUCUGGAGGGAAGUCUAUGAAAGCUGUUAUUGUAAAAGUUGACCCAGCAGGAUAUGCUGGCAACCCUACAGUUAAUUGCAAUUCACCAUCAAGUGACAAAGAAAAUACAGACUCUAAUUCAUCACCAAAGAAAUGGAUACCACCUAAGUUACUUCCAUAUAAGUACAGUAUACGGUUCGAAAGUGAAGACAGUGUGAUACAUUCUGUACCAGCAGAAGACCUCAGCCGGGGUGACAAACCACCGUCCAAAGAGAUUCUGCGCCUUUUUAUCAGAACAUACUCAGUACGGGGUGGGCAGGCCAACAGCCCUUGGGUUGUGGAUGACAUACAUGUGAAAAGGCUCGGUCUCCACAGCAAGUUUGAAAGCUUUCUGCUCUCUCCAAUUAAGUGGCGACCAGAUGAAAUCGCCAAGAAGAUCGAAGAAGAAUGCAAAAAUAAUCGUUCCCCAAGUAAAAAUUCUCCACGUUUAAAAACAAAAAUAGAUGAUAAAGAGGAAAAACUUAAAGAAAAAGCAAAGAAAACUAUAUCCAAAAUUGAAAAGAAAAGUCUGAAAGCUUUGCAGCUUAAAGAAAAAUCUAGUCCUAGUAAAAAAAACAUUGUAACAUUAGACUCUUCGGAAGACUCAUCAGAUUCCGAUAUCGAAAAUGGUAAGAAAAAGGAUGUCGUGGAACUUUCAGAUUCGGAUUCUGACACACCUCUUGCUGUGGUUAAGAAACAAUUGACACCGAAAAAGAGUGCCAAUGGUUCGGAUAAAGAGUCUAAAAGUGACCAAAAGAAGAAACUGUCUUCUUCAGUGUCUCUGGCAGAAAUUCAGAAGGAACUUAAAAAACAGAAGAAAAGUGGGAAAAAAGAACUGACAUUAGCUGAAAUUAAGCAAAAACUUGCAAAGAAGAAAGUUAAGUCAUUAAAAAGUGGAAAAGAAACUAAAAAAUCCAAAAAAGGACUCGAUCCAAAACAGUUAACUUUGUUUCAAAUGUCGGCGAAGAAAAAAGGUCUGAAAACUCCAGAAAAGCAUAAAAGUGAAAACUCUGUGAAGAAGAGUCCCCUUAAAGAACAGAGAACCCCUGAUGCUAAGAAAACAUUGAUGACUCCACCAAAAACACCAAUUAUUGUGCAGAAACUUCAGGAGGCUAUGAAGAAGGGGAAGGACAACAAGAUCACGAUCGGCAUGUAUGCAAAGCAGGCUGCUAAAAUACUCAAUAAAUCACAGCGUGACAAACUGCCAGAGGCUGUGAAGGAUGUUGUGAUGAAGAAGUACAAUCUAAUGCAGGAGAAGAUCUUAUUAUCCAAAAUGAGCGAGUCUGAAAAGAAAGACUAUUUUAUUAAGAAAGCUGAGGAGAGACGUUUGCAGUACAAACAAACACUGAAAGAAAGAGGAAAGAAUCUACGAAGGCGCCGUGAAGACACAGAAAUCGAACUUAAGGCUCUUCCGGAACCUAAACUUGUCGCCACACCGGACGGUCUUCCCAAUGAGAUGUUUGGGGACAUUGCCAUGGUUACAGAGUUCAUUUCCUCUUACUCGGGGCUCCUGUUGGCAGAGAAUGAACAUCCACUUUAUACUGACCUGCUAAUGAAAGCCCUGGCCAGUGGCAAGGAAGGCUUUGGUUACCUGGCCCGUGUUGUCACUGUUAUGCUACAGACUCUCUUACAGGACCAGAUUGCAGAGGACUACCAGGAGCUGAGUGUUUCUCUGAACAACAUACCUGUGAACCCAGCAACGUGCUCUGAGCUUGUGCGUCUGUGCCUGAGACGUCAGGACACGAAGGACGACAGCAGCAACAUCAGUGACAGAGAUGAGAGUGAGGACGAGGAAGUGCCUGAUGAGCUGAUCCAGCUGCUAGAGACCCAGGAGCUGUACCAGCUGGAGCCCGCCAAGAAGCUGGCCAUCAUGAAGGGGCUGUGUGAGCGUAUCAUGGGCUCCUACUCCGUACAGGACUACAUGGAGGAGACUCAGCAGAAGUCUGCACAAAUGUGGCGAGAAAGAAUGGCUAUGAAAGUGAAAGGGAAAGCUCCGGCAAAACAGAAGCAGGCAGAUGGUAGCGAGGAUAAGGAUAAGGACUCAAAGGAUAAAGAGACACAGGAAAAACCAAAUAAAGAAAACAAAAAAGAAAAAGCAGCACCAGCCAACAACAUGCUGCUGACCCAGUUCUAUGGGAAGAAGGAUGAUGGAGAGAAAACUGGGGAGAAAUCUGGGAACACAAGCGAGACAUCUUCCAUGGAUGUUGAUGAAGAUGACGUGAUCUCAAGAAUCAAACGAAGACGUCUGAAUGCCGCUCAGGCUGCUGAAGAGCGGAGACAGAAGGAGAUUCAAGACAAAAUAAGGGCAGAGGAGAGGCUAAUUCAAUCUGAAAAAGAAAAGGUGGACAAAAAAUUUAAUGAGGCCACUUUGUUGGCCAAGGUGACCCAGCGGCUGACUCCAAUAGGGACCGAUAGGAACCACUCCAGAUACUGGAUCUUCUGUGAUUAUACACCAGGUGUCUUUGUUGAAAAAGGCUGGGUUGGGGAGGAGAUGGAGUAUAGCUGUAAGCCUGCCAACGACUCUGAUGACGACUCAAGCUCUUCUUCUGAAGAGGAGGAGCCUGCAGAGGGAGAGGAGGGGCCGGCACAGGGCAAGAAAAACAAGCCGCCCAAGGCUGCCAAGUGCAUUGACAAAACGUUUCCACAUGUGGGACAGAAUCUCUGGUUCACGUACGAAAGCGUGCCAACAAUACGAGAGUUGAUCGACUCCCUGCAUGACAAAGGAGCCAGAGAGAGCAAGCUGAAGAAGGAACUCAGUCGGCGAGAGGAGGACAUCAAGUAUGCCAUGCAAAAACAAGCGAGGGUGAAGCCUGACCAGAUAAAGGACAGUGAUGGGGAUAAAGAAAUGCUGGAGAUAUUUCAAAAGGAGUUAUUGGACACUGAAGUGAAGUUGCGCAAUGGUGGACUGGGAGGGGUGGAAGAUUUUGAUGCCUGGUCUGUGAAACUGGAGACUGCCAACACUUUAGAACCGCUGAUUUCAUGCUUACUAGAAGUUCAGGAAAACGUUCUUGAAAAGUUCCUUGAUGGAAUAAUGGUCGCAAAAAAGAAGAAAUCAGGAACAGAAGUUCAUACAGAGGAGGAAAAUUCACCUGUUGUGGCUGAGGGUAUAACACAAUGGCAGGAUGCCUUGAAACAGGCUGGAACUCUAUCAAGACUUCAUGUAAUGCUGGGAAUUCUGGAUACCUGUAUAAAGUGGGAAAAGUCAGCAGAACACGCGAAAUGUAAGAUCUGUCGUCGGAAGGGCGAGGAGGACAAGCUGUUGCUGUGUGAUGAGUGCAACCAGGCGUUCCACAUGUUCUGUCUCCGGCCCGCCUUGCAUGGGGUACCCAAGGGAGAGUGGAAGUGCAUGGCCUGUGCUCCUCUCAAUCGAAGACGUGUGGUGGAUGCCCCUGGAAAAUACAAUGAGGACACUUCAGAGGAUGAAGAUGUCAAGGAGGCCAAGAAGGAGAGCAUACAGCAUGAGGAGAAGUGUGUGGAGUGUGGGGGGGACGAGAGCCUUAUACUGUGUGCUAACUGUCCCGACGUGUACCACCUCGAGUGUCACGACCCGCCACUCAGACGACCUCCCAGAGGUCAAUGGGUGUGCAACAACUGCAAGAAUGGGAUCACUCGAAAGACAAGAUCAGGGACCAGGGGUAGACGUGGUGGAGGUGGCAAGGCAGCAGCAAAAGCCCGCAAAACUUAUCACGAAUCGAGCGAGGAAGACGAAGAAGAGGAGGAGGAGAGUUCAAGCACCGAAGUAGAGGAGCAAGACGAAGACGAUAGCACUGAGGAGGAGGAAGAAGAGGCUAAGCCCUCGCGGAAAAAAACAGCCCGGACAUCAAGGGGCAGCACAGGAGGAAACCGGACGAGAGAUAGUAAGAGCCACCAUUCCCCCAAAAGUGCAGAGAGCAGGAAAAGGAAGCGUGCCUCUGCCCUGUCUCCGGACAUUGAGUUUGAGAGCAGGUCAAAGGCGUCAAGGAGAGCUCCCUCUGAAUUAUCGGUUGUAGAAGACAUCAUCAACAAAAUGCUGGACUACAAAGAUGCCUGGCCUUUCUGGCAUAUGGUCAACAAAAAAGAUGUACCGGACUACUAUGACAUCAUACGUCAGCCAAUCAGCUUUCAGAAGAUCAAGGACCGUCUGAACUGCCUUGUUUAUGGGUCUCCACAGGAAGUCAUAGACGCAGUGGCGCUGCUCUUUAGAAACGCUAUUGAGUACAACAAGCCCGGCAGUGAAGUUUACGACUGUAUCGAGCUAUCUGAGAAAUACUUCACAGACCAGCUGAGAAAGCACCUGCCGUUUUAUGCGUACAACAGGGAGAGCCUCAGUAACGGCUAUGGCCAUCAUGAAAGUCCGGAGGAAGGCAGACGAUCUAGGCUUAGCAAAUAAAACCUGAGGACUUUGGCCUGACUUAGUGAUUGACUAUUAUGUAAUAUCUUAUCUGUAAAUAUCUGUGGCAUGGUGCACCUAGUGUACGAGGCAGAAAAUUUUGUUUCAUUUUUAUAUUUUUUAUGCCCCCGGAUCAAAAGAUCGGGGGUAUAUUGUUUUUGGCCUGUCUGUCAUUGUAUGUGUGUGUGUGUCCCAAAACUUUAACCAAAACUUUAACUUUGGUCAUAACUUUUGUAAUAUUCAAGAUAGCAAAUUGAUAUUUGGCAUGCAUGUGUAUCUCAUGGAGCUGCACAUUUUGAGUGGUGAAAGGUCAAGGUCAUCUACAAGGUCAAAGGUCAAAUUUAUGGCUUCAAAGCGGCACAAUAGGGGGCAUUGUGUUUCUGACAAACACAUCUCUUGUUGGUGUUUGUAUUCAUGAGUUUUAAUCGGGCUUGCGAAUGGUGCUUGACAGAGUGUUAAAAAAUUGGUCAUAGCUAGCAAGAGCUGAGCUCUGAUAAAGUCUUAUUCGUUCUGUAACUAUGGGUUAAAAAAGAUCACAUGCCGCUUAAGAAUGUAUUUAGAAUUGUUUCAGCCAUGAAAGAGCUGAGCUCAGUUUAAGUCUUCAGUUUUCAUGGUUUUCCUUGGUUAUUAGUGCUUGCAAAGUUGAUGCGAGACAUUGGAUUAAAUGUAUGAACAUUCUAGGUUGUAUGUACGGAUUGUAUGAGAGUUAUGAGUUAUGGUUGAUGUGUGUUGUCAAAUGGUUGAAAAAAACUGAUAGACAAUAAAGUGAAUAUUGUCAAUGGUGGCUGGAGAUAACAUAAUGUUUAUUUAUUAAUAAUAUAUCAUUAAAAUUUACCUUUACAUUUGUUUGAUGGAAAGGUUUACAAAUCCUAGAAAACUAAUGAACACUCAAGAGGCCAUGUUAACUACUCAAUCUUUGCGAAACUGGUUCAAAACAUUUGUCUUAGUGAUAUCUAGUUCAGAAUAUUUGUCCCAAUAAUAUCUUGAAUAGCCUAUUUUGUAACUAGGUCACAUGGGAUCAAAAAUAUGCUCAGUACGUCAAAUGAAAGAAAAAGCUUGUGAACACUAUAGGUGACGGUCAUAUGCAGGUCUAAUAUUCAUAAAACUUAGACAGUGCGUUUAUCCCAGCAAUAUUUCUGCCUACUUAGAAACAGGGUCAUGCAAUGUCAAAAGCUAUUGACUAUGUCAUGCGGUCAAUGUAAAGCAAAUACUUGGGAUUACUCUAGAGGCCACAAUUAAUGCAAAUCUUUAUAAAUCUUAGCAGAACAUUAAAUUUUGUCCCCAUGAUAUUUCAGCCUAAUACAAAACUGGGUUACUCAGUGCUAUAAUUAUUUGACAAGGUCAAAUUAAAGAAAAGGGUUUAUGAAUACGAUGACAACACAUUUAUUGCCCAAUUUUCAUCAUACAUGUACAUAGCAUUUGUCCCAAUCAUGUCUCAGCAUGGUUGUAACUGGCUCAAUUGGUCUAAUAAAAAAAAAAGUUUUAACGCUCUAGAGGCCACAUUUGUAUCCCAAUCUUUAUGAAACUCUUGACAGAACUUAUGUUUAACUGAAAUCUUGACCGAAAACAGGGUCAAGUGGGAACAUAACAAGGUAACUACCAAUACGUCAAUGAAAAGAAAAAAAAGAUGGUAAGAAAUGAAGGGGCCACAUUCAUUGCCUUAUCUUUGUGAAACCUGGUCAAUGAGUGAGAUACAGUUCUGUACUGCUAGUACCACCAACAUCCUCAGCUGAGAACCGCCUUUCAACAAGUGUUUCGGCCAUUUAAAACCUGGUCACAACAUUUGUCCAAAUAAUAUAUUCCUUAUAAGUCUUUUCAGACACCUCAUAACAGUUUUGUUCCUUGAGGUCUCAUUUGAGGGCCUUUCCCUCUUGUUAUAAUAAAUUCAUAACGGCACUGUGUUCAAUAGUUAAAUAUAAGUCCUUUAGAUAAUAUUACUAUUAAUCUAAGUUAAUACAUGUUGUAUUGGACAUUAAGGAAAACAAAAUGGACGCUUUCAAAUGUUGAUGAAUGUCAAAAAUAGCAAUAAAACACUGAAGACUCAAUCUUCUAUUUGAAAAUGGCUUUUUCAGAUUAUACUGCUUAUUGAAUGUUUAACAAAUAAAUGAUUAAUGUUCUGCUUUUGCUUAAUAUGGAAUUAAAUAUUCUUGCAAUUAAGAUUUAAUGUGUACAAACUUCUGUUACUGAUUCCUCUUAAAUUUGCAUCAAAACGCAGUGUUUGAUCAGUAUUGUAUGAGAUUUCAGAAGCAUUAAGAAGCACAAAGAGAGGGAGGGCAGUGACCAAACACGGCUUCUUUAUACCGAACAUUUUUCAUAAUAACUUCUGUUGGCCCCUCCCUUCUUUCAAUCAUAACCUGCAGAAACAUGCUUAUCACAUUAAGGGAGUACAUGAUCGAAAUUGUCUCGAAAUGGAGGAUAACAUAUUUAGGAGGAAAUUUUAUUUAUUUAACUGUUACCAUAGAUUUAUAUUUAUAGUUUUGAUUACGUUUUACUGACAUAUCUGUGUUUACUGAUUUUUUUCUAUGUGUACAAUGUAGAUAUAAGUUUGAACUCCCUUCUUUGUAAUGCAUUAGGCAGGAUUUCACAACAAUAUAAGUAAUUUAAACUUCUGCCAUAUUUCAAACGCUUUGUUUAAUGUAUUUUAUCAUAUAAAAGUAUAUUGAUACAUGAUGUUUGUUGGUUUUGAUCUUUUCAAAAAUAGCUGUGUAUCCAUAUUAACUGUUCAUAGGCAAGCAAACAGGGCUAGCAAGCGUAAAUUGUUCGCAAACAUAGCAAACUUUUUUGAUGUUGGUAAGGAUGGGUGAAGAGCUUUAUUAAAACAAUUAUCAUUUGAAUCUUAAAAUUUGGAGAUUUCUCAUUGGCUGGAGUGGCCAAACACUUAAUUAAAAGUGGACAUUGAGAUUGUGUGAGUCAUGGUAUAUUUGAUGUCAUAUUUAUUGCAUGCUGUUACAUAGACUUUCAUAAUCUGCCACAAGUUUUUACAACUCAUAUGGUUUAUACUAUGUUUUGUUUAAAAUGUCAUUGAUUAAAUGUAGUACAAUAAAAUACAUUUUCAAAUA